AUGGAAUCCUUCCUCGUCCACGACGAUCGCUUCAAGGCCAUCCUCGGCCCCAGUCCCACCCUAGAACUUCUCCUCGAAAACAAAGAAUACGCCUUCGCCCACGAAGCCGGCGUCUACAUCCCCCGCGACAACACCCUCUUCAUAACCAGCAACCACAUCCACACAACAACCGGCGACCGCACUGUCCAAAUCUCCAAAGUACUCCUCACAAAAGACCAUCAUGGCGUCGUCCGCGCGUCCCACCGAGAACUUCCCUCCCACGCCAUUCCCAUGGGCAACGGCGGUGUCAACUACAAAGACGGUAUCUUAUUCUGCGCACAGGGUUCCCUGAAGGUCCCCUCGGGACUAUACUACAUGUCCUCGAAACAUCCGCACGAAGUCGAGCCCGUUAUCACAAAUUUCUACGGACGCGAGUUUAACUCUGUGAACGAUGUCGUCGUGCACACCGAUGGGACGAUUUGGUUCACUGAUCCGAUUUACGGCUAUGAGCAUGGGUAUCGGCCUGUUCCUUCGCUGCCGGGACAGGUUUAUCGGUUUGAUCCUGUGAGCGGGGCGAUUCGGUGUUUGGCGGAUGGGUUUAUUAAGCCGAAUGGGAUUUGCUUCUCGCCGGAUGAGAAAACGGUUUAUGUUACAGACACGGCGCGGUUUAGGGCUAUUGGGGCUGUUGAUGAGACGUUGCCUUCUAGCAUGUAUGUUUUGUUCCACUUUGGGACGGACUCGAGGAUGAUGCUAACGGGUAGUGAUAGCUAUGCGUUCGACGUAGCGUACUACCACGGCGAACCAUUCCUAACUAGCCGCCGGCUCUUCGCUAUGGCUCCUGUCGGUAUUCCCGACGGCAUUAAAUGCGACCUUGAGGGAAAUGUGUACUCCGGUUGCGGUGAUGGAGUGACCGUCUGGUCGCCGGGUGGUGUACUGCUCGGCCGGAUUCUGGUGGAAGGAGGGGCGGCGAACUUCUGUUUCGGAAGGGAAGGGGAGAUGUUUAUUCUCAAUGAGCAUCGGUUAUGGAGAGCGCAGUUGAAUUCUCGGGGUGCUUUGUUGGGUAUUUAG